AUGAUGGAGGUCCAUCCCGGAGGAGCAACGAGCAAGGAAUCGCGAGUCGUUUACAUCACACGACAUGGCAUGCGCCUCGAUUGGGUGAAGCCUGAUUGGCAUCUUGAGAAAGGGGAGAAGCCGUGUGACUCGCCGCUGUCGGAAGACGGACUGCAGCAGGCCCGGGAGCUGGGCCAGCGCCUGGCCGACGUCGACCUGGACUUCAUCUUCUCGUCACCCUUCCUCCGAUGCGUGCAGACGGCGGACGCCGUUGCGGCGGCCCAGCAGCAGCGGCGCCUACGUGGAACUCAACAACAACAACGCGGACGUGGUGGUGGUGCCAGCGACUAUGAUGAUGAUGGCGAGACAGCGGUGCCUAUCUACAUCGAGCAUGCCCUGGGCGAGUGGGAAGACGGCAAACGGAUCAGCCCACGAACGACGGCCGAGCUGAAGGCUAUAUUCCCUCGCAUCGAUGACGAGGCCUACACGAGCGUCGUUCCACCGCACCCGGCCGGUUACGAUGAUAGCGCCGGCGGUGGUGGUGCUCGCCUGGGCGAGACGGUGCACGAGCUGCAUCGACGAUGCGAGCGGUUCGUCGAUUUCGUGAACGGGCACGAGGUGUUUGGGGCCGAGGGCAAGCGCAUCCUGUUCGUGGGCCACGCGGCGUCGACGAUCGCCUUCUACCGCGCGUGGGUGCAGGACCGCACGGCCGACUUCUUUCCGGCGACGUGCUCGCUGAGCAAGCUCGUGCUCCUCGGUGGCGACAACCAUGAGGGCGAAAGUAAGAACGAUGAGGACUCGACCGCCGACGAUGACACAUCGCCAUCACCAGCUUCAUCAUUGUUGUCACCGCAACAGCGAAGGAGCCCCACGAGCCGCUGGCGGACAGAACUGAGUGGAGACUGCUCACACCUCUCCAGCGGACAGCAGAGGCCGUGGCGCUUCUCCGAGCACCACGACCAGGAGCUGGCCUUGGCCACCGCCAACCAAUAA